AUGUCCCUAAACGCCCGUCAAAUCCCGCGCCUCUCCCGCUCACUGGCGCGCCUCUCCUCAACAACCGCCUCAUCCUCAUCCUCGCGCCUCGCAUCAACAGUCUACACCUAUCCACCCCCCAUCCCGGACGCCUCAACAUCAUCCACACCCCAGAACCUCACCGAGAAGCAACGAGAAGCGCUGGAUGCGGCGCUGAGAGUUGACCAGGCGGGCGAGAUCGCUGCGAACUGGAUUUAUGCGGGGCAGGCGGCUGUGCUGGGGAGGGAUAAGCGGUUGGGAGGGUUGAUUGAGGAAAUGUGGGAUCAAGAGCGCAAACACCUAUCCGUUAUGGACAAGCUACAAGUCCAACACCAAAUACGCCCAACAUUACUCUCGCCCGUAGCCAAAGUAGCCGGCUUCGCGCUAGGCGCCACAACCGCGCUUAUGGGCAAAGAAGCGGCCAUGGCAUGCACAGAAGCAGUCGAGACUGUCAUCGGGGAGCAUUACGACGAUCAGUUGAGGGAGUUCGAGCCCUUUACGGACGCACACCCGUCGCUGCCGUUGCUAUGCGACAUCAUAAAGGAGUUCAGGGACGACGAGCUCGAGCAUCUUGAUAUAGCCGUCGCGAACGAUAGCCAGAAGGCUCCAGCGCACGCGUUGUUGAGUAGUGUUGUGGGUGCGGGGUGUAAGGUCGCUAUCGAGCUGUGCAAGCGUAUAUAG